AUGAUAAAAGAAGCUCAAAAUGAAAAAAUAGAACCAUAUAUAUGGUUUGCAUCAAAUCAAACAAAUAUCCCGAUAAUAAUAAUGGUUGCUAAACAUAUUUUGGAACAAUCGAAAAAUUUUCCAUCAUGUCAACAACAAUCAGAAGAAAUAACCAGUGAAAAAUUUGAUCCAUAUAGAAAUUGUUUCCGAUCAAUAUCAAUUGAAUUUCAUAAUCGUUUAACAUUAUUAUUUGAUCAUCGAUAUCAUUGGUUUACAUUGGUCGGUCGUAUACAAUAUACAUUUAUGAUAACAACAAUACAAUCGAAACGUAAUGAAUAUCUAUUUCAAAUUGGUAAAAUUUAUUUUCAAAUCAUUCAAUAUGAUUAUCUGAUAACUUCUUCAAUGUCUUUGAUUGAAUCUGAACAAUCAUCAAACAAUAUCGAUACCGAAUCAAUCAAUCAAACUCAAAUCGAUCAAUAAAUUGAAAAAAAUGUUGAAUUAAUCUAAUUUAA